UACGAUUCAUCUAGUAUAGACCUAACCAUGGAACCAACUCAACAAUACAAACAAAAUUACAGGUAUAUUUCGGCUACAACAAAAGAGACUGAAACCGCAGAUACGAGUGUUUCAAGUGUGUUUAUAUAUCAACAUAUCAUACCUUCAAAGCUGACUCUGGCAAGCAACGUACGUAAGAACAGUUGGGUAUAUUUCAUGUCCAUAGAUAAUGAUGGUCGGAAGGCUGAGGCGGCUUUUAACGAAGGUCUCCGAUUGCUCAAACAGCAAACAUUUCUUCUAUACUAUCAGCACGUGGCCGCAUGGAAACAAGCAUGGAACAAAGGUAGAAUCGAGGUUGGUGAUAACCUUCAACUCUCUAAGUUAAUCAACAGUUGCUUUUAUUAUUUGAUAAGCUUCCUCCCAGCAGCAUCCACUUUUCUACCUAAGGAACAAUUCUAUGGAUUGAGCCCAGGAGGUUUAGCAAAUGGUGCCAAUUGGACAGAUUAUCAAGGACAUGUAUUCUGGGAUAUGGAAACCUGGAUGUAUCCAGGGAUAUUGACGUUUCGACCAGAUUUGGCCAAAGAUAUGCUUUCAUACAGAAUCUAUGGAAUGAAAGAAGCGGCAAAGCGUGCUAAACUAGGGAACUACGAGGGACUGAGAUAUCCGUGGGAAAGUGCUUUUACUGGCGCAGAACAAACUCCAGAUAUAUGUAUUCCUUGUCGAGAAAAUCAACAGCAUGUAACAGGAGAUAUUGCUCUAGCCGCUAGACAGUAUUUCAGUAUGACACAAGACAUGACGUGGUUGAAGAAUCAAAGUGGUUAUGAGUUUAUAAGAGGUAUGGGAAAGUUUUGGAAAUCCAGACCAACUUGGAAUCCUGUAACCCAGCAGUACGAUAUUAACGGUGUGAUGCCACCCGAUGAACACGCUGAGAGUGUUAACAACUCUGUAUAUACAAAUAUUGGUGCCAAACUCAGUAUAUAUUAUGCUAAUUACGUUGCCUGUUUGAUGGAUAAUACGGAAGAUGACACAGAAUCGUGGUUAGCAGUGGCAGAUAAAAUAGCAGUACCUUUUGAUAGUAAAAAUAACGUACACCCAGAAUAUGAUGGCUAUUAUGAUGGCAACGAUGACCGUGGUGUAAAACAAGCUGACGUCAUUCUCCUGGGGUUUCCCCAAAUGUGGCCAAUGAGUAAAGACGUUCGUAAAAACGACCUGUUAAAAUACGAGAUCGUCACUAACCCUAUGGGUCCGGCGAUGACAUGGGGUAUGUUUUCUAUUGGUUGGUUGGAAUUGGGAGAAGAAGAAAAGGCAGCUGAUUUAUUUAGAAUGAGUUAUGGCAAUUAUAACAGAGAGCCAUUCAAGAUUUGGACAGAAGCACGUGCUGGUAUUGGAGCUGUUAAUUUCCUAACAGGAAUGGGAGGAUUUCUCCAGUCUGUCAUAUUUGGCUAUGGAGGCUUGAGAAUACAUCCAGAGUACAUAGAAUUUAACCCGAGAUUGACCCCUGAUACCACUUUCCUAAGAUUUGUUGACUUUGAUUAUCUUGGAAACAGUUUAGACAUAGAAAUACAGAUAGGUUUUGUUAGUAUUGUUGCUACAAAGGUAGAUGAUGAACACCCUUUGGUUAUUUAUGUCAUUACAACAGGGGAUAUUGUUUACAUUGAGAAGGAUAAGGAAUUAAGGUUAGCUAGAACAGCAUUUAUUAUGGCGUCAUCAUCAGUGACGGAAUGUCCCCUACCAACAGGAUCAUCAUCAUGCGCCAAUCCAAUAUCUAAAAGUUUAUGGGGUGGUAAAACAAUACCAACAGCUAGUAAUCUGGUAACUCCAGUAACAGAUGUUAUUAUAUACCAGACCAUUACGUCAUCUUGUUAUAGCUAUCAAGCUUGUAAUAUGGCAAUUCAGAAUCUGGAGACAUCUCAAAUUAAAAAUGGUAAGACUCAUCUUACUUACAAUUUCGUAAUUGGUUCAAAUUUGAGAGUAUACGAGGCUCGAGGAUGGAGGAAACCUGGAGAUCACUCAAACGAUAGAAACGGUCAAUCAAUAGGUAUAGCAGUUAUUGGAAAUUUUACAUAUAAUCAUCCAUCGAAGGCUUUACUUGCAGUGUUAAAACAGCUCAUCAAAUGCGGUAUGGAAAAUAAGUAUAUAAGUAAAUCAUAUCAGUUAAUAUGGGAAAAACAACUGGAGAAAUCAGACUGCACUGUUGGUUGUCCUGGUGAUCAACUUUAUUGUCAACUUAAACAAUGGCGACAUUGGAAACGAGUGGAUGGUGAUUCCUUACCAUAUUGUGGUGAAUUAUUUGUUAUACAGUCAACUUCAGCACCAAUGAAAACACCAGAAACAACAUCAACAUCAUCUAAUCUUUACAUCAGUUAUUCAUUAUUUACCCUUCUUGUCUUUAGAGUCAUCAUAUCAUAUUUUUAUGACUAUUGAAAAAAAUAGGAAACUGUUUCACACGAUAAUACCUAUGAAAGCUAUAAGAACCAGGGCCUAUAUUCUAAAAGACUUCCCAUAGGCAUUACCUUAUAAAUGACAGUUCUGUAACUAACAUAAUGUAAUCGUUAUUCACAAUCUAUUUUCAUUUGAAUAUGAUUCGAUUUUUUAUUAAUA